AUGGCAACCUGUGGCGAGGCAGCCAGGGGGAAGCCAUCCCCUUGGGACGGCUUUGACAGAGGCCUGGCGGGUGGGUCUAACCGUGUUCCUUGCUUUCAGUUUUCCUUCCAGGAAAAUGGCUGGGGGGCAUCCCUUGCUGAGAGACUGGCCAGAAAAUGUGAUGUUGUGAACCGUGGGCUCUCAGGGUACAACACCAGAUGGGCUAAACUGAUCCUUCCAAGACUGAUCAGUAAAAGUACUGGUGCUGAGAGUACCGUUGCGGUUACUAUUUUCUUUGGAGCCAAUGACAGUGCUUUGAAAGAUCUGAACCCUAAGCAACACGUUCCUUUGGAGGAAUAUGCUGCGAACUUAAAGAGCAUGAUACAGUAUCUGAAGUCAGUAGACAUUACUGAAGACAGGAUUAUUUUGAUAACGCCACCACCUCUUCAGGAAUCAGCUUGGGAAAAGGAGUGUCUUGCCAAAGGUGACAAAUUAAAUCGCCGCAAUGCCACCACUGGGGAAUACGCCCAGGCCUGUGUUCAAGUAGCUAGGGACUGUGGAACGGAUGUACUUGACCUCUGGACACUGAUGCAAAAAAAUCAGGAUUUCUCUUCCUAUUUGUCUGAUGGGCUCCAUUUAUCAACAAAAGGCAACAGCUUUCUAGCAGCACAACUUUGGUCGUGCCUGGAAAAAAAACUGUCUGCUCUUCCUUCACUGCUUCCUUAUUGGCGUGACGUGGACCAUACGAACCCCGAGGCCAGUCUUCUGUGAGAUCCCCUGCAGUAACGAGCCGAAGCAGCCAAGCCUGGCAAAGCCAGUCUGUUUACAAACAGCCGGUAUCCAGCAACCCGCUGCAAACAUUGCAUACUUGGGGAACCGCGUGCUGAGGAGUCCCCUGCCGAUACUCUUCUCUUCCGUAUCCCCUUCCCUUGGUCUGUGGGAGAAUAAAGAUGAGACCACUCAGGUGUGUCUUGGGGUGGUUUGUCUGCAUUCUGCUUGUGCCGGUAGUUUGAACAUCUGUGGGAUGAGCUCCUCUUUCCUUGGACGACUUGGAGGAAAGCGAGAGUCUCGGCUGCCCUGUGACCAAGGGACAGAGGCUGCCCAGAGGAAUUCCUGGCCUAGCUGAGCUUUGGGGACUACACCUUCUAAUACCAUCUACUAGCUUUAAACACCUAGGAGCCGAUAAGAGACAGCAGCGUGGAGUUUGUCAAGAGCCAUUAGUGUCAAUCCAGAUUAAUUUUUUUGGUUGUAAUACAGCAGUAGAAGCAGUUAUCUGAGCUUUAGCAAGGAUUUUGAUAGUGAUGUGUUGUAGUUCAGAGCAGGGGUUUUAAAGUUUGACUUAUUUUGGCACCAGCAGCAGCUUCUUGCCUAUAGACACAGAUUUCAAAACAGUGCAUGGUUUUGGGCAGCAUAAAACUGGUGAUGGACGUGCUCAUUUUGAGAAGCUUGGAUCUUGAAGAAACCACUAGAAGGGGUCUGCAUCUCUGCUGACAAAGCUGUGUCAUACAUAAUUUGCCAUCAAAUAAAGGAGGCAUUUCAAG